AUGCCAGUGCUAUGGAGGCAGGCGCUGGCGGCCUCGGUGCUGGAGCAAGAUGUGGUUCUCCAGUCCAUUGAUCGUGCCAUUGAGGCUGUGCACAAUGCAGCCAUGAAGAAUGGAGGAAAGUACAACCUGGAGCAGAGAGAUGUCCUCCAAAAACUGAUCCAUCACCGAAAGGAGACCGUGUCCCGCAAAGGCCACUCUCCCACCCCACAGGGGAUGGUUAUGACACAGUCCUCCAGUGACCACCACCUGGACGUGGCCCGGCAGCCCAACGGGGUGUGCCGGACGGGGUACGAGCGCCAUCACAGCCUUCCAAACACAGAGUUUGAGGAGGACGAUGAAGGUCCCUAUCAGAUCCCACCACAGCCCCGACGUGCUGCUCCCGUCACCCCUCCGCCUCCAGAGAAGCGCAGGAACCCGCAGAUUGCUGCUCCCCUGAAAAACACUGUUGAAGUUAUUCCUGGGUCAGCUUCUAGUGCCUCCUCUGUAAGCACAACAUCCCUGGAUACCUUGUACACAGCUUCUUCGGUGUCAGAGACGGCUCUCCCAACUGCCACCUCCAGCCCUGCCAACACCCCACCCCCUGUCCCCAGCCGCAGUGUCCACACCACCAUCACCCGGAACUUGGACACCGGCUCCCGCUACGGGACUUCCCCAAAGGAUGGGGCCAGCAAGUCUCCCCAGACCAAGAGGGCAGCCCCGGCACCACCAGCUGAAGGGGGGACCCAGAGGUCCCACACUGUGGAUGGAGAGAAGACUUCUCAGGUGAAGAAAGCUGCCCCGGCACCCCCUGCAAGCCUGGAUGCCUUCAGCUCCCUCUGCCUGGAGGAUAAGAAGGCGGCUGUGGUGGAGCCGGGGCCAGCAGAACCCGGUGGCCUGGUGGCAUCAGUGCCCAAGACAAUAGGUGCUGAACUGAUCGAGCUGGUGCGCAGGAACACCCACCUCAGCUACGAGCUGUCCCGCGUGGCCAUCGGCGUGGUCAUCGGCCACAUCCAGACCUCUGUCCCCACAACCAGCAGCAUCAUGGAGCAGAUUCUCAUCUCCGUGGUGGAGAGUAAGAAUCUGAGUGCGGGGCUGCCCUCGGGACAGAUUUGCCAUGAUGAGCAGAGGCUGGAAGUGAUCUUUGCAGACCUGGCCAGGCACAAGGACGAUGCUCAGCAGCGCAGCUGGGCGCUCUACGAGGAUGAGAACGUCAUCUGCUGCUACCUGGAGGAGCUGCUUCGCAUCCUGGUGAAUGCAGACCCAGAAGUUUGCAAGAAAAUGUGCAAGAAGAACGAGUUUGAAUCUGUCCUGUCCCUUGUGGCAUAUUAUCAGAUGGAGCACAGGGUGCCGUUACGGCUGCUGCUGUUGAAGUGCUUUGGAGCCAUGUGCAACUUGGAUGCUGCAGUCAUCUCAACACUGGUCAACUCUGUGCUGCCCAUGGAGCUGGCCCGGGACAUGCAGACUCACACACAAGAUCAUCAGAAGAUGUGCUACUCGGCACUGGUGCUGGCAAUGAUGUUCUCCAUGGGGGAGCCUCUGCCAUAUCACCACUAUGAACAUCUCAACUCUCAGUUUGUGCAGUUCCUACUGGAUGUGAUUGAGGAUGGGCUGCCCUCAGACACCACUGACCAGCUGCCUGACUUAUUUGUCAACGUCCUUCUGGCGUUCAAUCUCCACAUUCCAGUUCCAGAACACAGUGUGAUCAUGACUACAAUAAGCAAGCACUCGAAUGUCAAGACUUUCACAGAAAAGUUGCUGCUUCUACUGAACAGGGGAGAUGAUCCAGUUUGUAUCUUCAAACAUCAACCUCAGCCACCGCACUCAGUGCUGAAGUUUCUGCAGGACAUCUUUGCCAGCAAGGAUACGGCCAGCAUCUUCUACCACACAGACAUGAUGGUCCUGAUUGACAUCCUGGUGCGGCAGAUUGCUGAUCUCUCCCCAGGAGACAAGCUGAGGAUGGAGUAUCUCUCCCUGAUGCACGCCAUCAUCCGCUCCACGCCCUACCUGCAGCACCAGCACCGCCUCGCCGACCUGCAGGGCAUCUUGCAGCGCAUCCUGGGGGAAGAGGAGGAGGACCAGCAGUGCCAGAUGGACAAACUGAUCAUCCUGGAGAUUUAUAAGGAGUUCCCAGAAAUCUCUCCCGGUACCAGCUAA